AUGGGAUCUGUCACUUCUAAUCUAUCGGAUCCCUCAUCGGGAAGAGGACAUUCACGCAGACAUAAGAGAAGUCGUCGGAAGGGUGGUCGAAGACGACGAUCAGACGGCAAUACAGACACAGCACUGGAUAUGCUGAUCCAGGUUUUCGUCGAGUAUAUGAAGAUAGAGAUUGAGAACGCAAAGAUACGCUUGUCACAGGCGAAGGAAUCACGGUCCAAGAGGGAAAAGCCAGAUUCACCAGUGAAGACACCAAAAGGGAGGGGAUAUGGAGAUCCCAUGCCUAUAGACAGUUUCGAGAAAGCCGACAAUCUCAACGAGCCGGGUUACCGUCAUUCGUCCGAUUCAGAUAACCACUUCGAUGUUCAACAUCGCCAUGGGGUGUUGGGGAGAGGAUCUUGA